AUGGCGUUUCGGACAGCGAUUUCGAGGAGAGUCCUGAUGUCGAGCUCGGCAGUUGGAGCGCGAUCCAAGACGUCGUGGUGGAGAAACGUGGAGCCCGCUGCGAAAGACCCAAUUCUAGGCGUCACCGAAGCUUUUCUGGCAGAUCCUAGUCCCGACAAAGUCAAUGUAGGAGUCGGUGCUUAUCGUGACGACAAUGGAAAACCAGUUGUUCUCGAAUGCGUCAGAGAAGCAGAGCGGAGGAUUGCCGGAAAUCUGAACAUGUGA